AGGAUGAUAAAGCGCGUGUUCCGCUAGGUGUGACUGCUGCAACGCAUCAGGCUCCCAUAUUAAUGCAUAUGGAAUACCGUGUACGUUUACCUGAUCACGACUGGGUAGUCGCCGAGAAGCACAAACUUAUUCCAUCUGUCUACGCAGGUCUGGAUAUAAAAAAUAAUGGAUUUGGUGAUCCAAGCUACGUAAGCGCAUCGGGGCCAACAUUCAUUGCAAUCCGUUCUGCUAAGCACUCCAAAUCAACCGCGUAUGCACAUGCGAUGGAUUUUUCGCGUCUCCUUCAAAUAUCAUCAUUCGACCCAAUAAUGAAAACCUCCGGAGGAGCUGUAAAACCAGUUAUUAUAAUAACUGUUGACGGUGGCCCGGACGAGAAUCCGAGGUUUUCUAAGUGUAUCGAUGUAGCAAUACUUCAUUUCAAAACCUACGAUCUCGAUGCAUAUUUGAUUGCAACAAAUGCUCCUGGGAGAUCAGCCUUUAACCCAGUCGAGAGGAGGAUGGCUCCGUUGAGUCGGGAAUUAUCGGGGUUGAUUCUUCCUCACGAUAAAUAUGGGUCGCAUUUAAACUCACAGGGCAAAACGAUUGACGAUGAACUGGAAAGAAAAAACUUUCAGAAUGCCGGAGAAACAUUAGCAGAAGUAUGGUCUGAGGUUUGUAUUGAUGGCUACGAGGUUUCUGCCGAGUAUAUCGCCCCAGAACAUUCAGAAAUCGAUAAAUGCAACAUGAAUACAGCCGAUGAAGAUUGGAGAGAUAGACAUGUUCGUACGUCCCAGUAUUUUUUACAAAUAAUAAAGUGUACUGAUAAUACAUGCUGCGCUCCAUUCCGUAGCAAAUAUGCGAUCUAUUUCGUCGAUAGAUUUUUGCCAGCUCCACUACCUUUAACUUAUGAACCACAAGUCGACGUAUUUGACAACAUGAGUGACAAAAUCAGAGUUUAA